ACAAAAAAUGAUCUUAUCAUUGAAUCAACUGAAAAAUUACAAAUUGAAAAUAAAGAAAAUUUACCAAAAAAACCAAUUUUAAAACGUAAACUUAUGGAUUUAACAAUGGAAGCUGAGGAUCUAGAUGAACCAAAUAUGAAGCGUCAACGUUUACAAACAAUGCGUGUGUUAACUGGAAGUAUCGAAAAAAUUCUUCAUUGGCAUAAAAUAUUACCCAAUAAUGUAUUUUGUUUGUUUGAGACAAUAGGCCCGUGCAUAAAAGUCAAUAAUGGUUUCAAUAGAUUGGAGAAACGUUUAUUGUUACGUGAUGAACGUGGUCCAGUGUUACAAGUUUCAUAUUAUGAGACUGAAAUACCAAUCAAUGAAGAACUAAUUCAAGCGGGUAAAAUCAUUCAUUGUAUAGGACGUAUGGUAUCAGCAAAUCGUUUAAUUGCUUUAAAAAUAUCUGAAAUUCAAUCCGAUAAAUCGAAUAUACAAGCGUAUUUAUCACGGAUUUCAUUUAAAUUGGAAAAUACUGUAAAUCGUAUAACUUAUCAAUGA